AUGGCGUCUUUCAGCCUCAUUCAGACUCUUCUUCAUCUUCUUCUUCUUCUCUCGGCCGUACAACUAGGCAGUGUCUCUGCCGGAGUCGACAAGUGGCUCAGUCCCCAGUACAAGUGGACAUUUCAAUUCCCUUUACCUAUUCCUCCUGUCAAGGCUCCGUCAAAAACCAUCGUAAACCCCAUCACGGGAAAGAACAUCCUCUACUACGAGGUUGAAAUCAAAGAGUUCCAGUCCCAGGUUUAUCCGGACCGUGGACCGGCGACGCUAUGGGGGUACGAUGGCAUCUCACCGGGUCCAACGUUCAUAGUAGAGAAGGGGACCGAGACGGUAGUGAGGUUUGUCAAUAAUGCAAGGUUGGCCAACUCUGUGCAUCUUCAUGGGUCUUACUCUAGAGCCCCCUUCGACGGCUGGGCAGAAGACAUCACUCCCCCCGGCUGGUACAAAGACUACUACUACCCCAACAGCCAAUCCGGCCGAACCCUAUGGUACCACGACCACGCCAUUGACCACACAGCAGAAAACGCCUACUACGGACAAGCAGGCACCUACAUCCUGCACGACCCCCUCGAAGACGCCCUCAAUCUUCCCCGUGGGUACGGCACUUCGGACAUCCCCCUAAUCCUCUCCGCCAAACAAUACACUUCCUCCGGCUCCCUCUUCUCUCCCGCCGACGAAACCACCUCCUUGUACGGGGACGUCAUCCACGUAAACGGCCAACCCUGGCCUUUUUUGCGCGUCGAACCACGUAAAUACCGGUUCCGCUUUCUCGACGCAUCCAUCUCCCGCUCUUUCUUGCUUUACUUCGAGCGUGACGCCAAAGUUGGGACAAAAGUCGGGUUUGACGUGAUUGCUUCCGAUGCUGGACUCCUCAAUGCUCCGCAGAGGGUAAACGAGCUGUACAUCUCCAUGGCGGAGAGAUAUGAUGUCGUUGUGGACUUUGCGGGAUCCAAAGGGGAGAAUAUAACGCUUAAAAAUGCGAGGGAGGUCGGUGCGGAUAGGGAUUAUCCUGAUACGGAUAAGGUGAUGAGGUUUAUUGUUUCUGGGAAUCAGGUGGAUGACCAGUCAAACGUACCGGCUGUCUUGAGAAGUGUGCCCUUCCCGAAACCGAAAAGUCAAGUGGACCAGCACUUCAAGUUUGAACGGUCAAACGGCGAAUGGAAAAUCAACGGCGUAUCGUUUGCGGAUGUGGCGAAUCGCGUGCUGGCGAGACCGAAGCGCGGAACUGUGGAGGUGUGGGAGCUGGAGAAUAGUAGUGGUGGGUGGACGCAUCCUAUUCAUAUCCACCUGGUGGACUUUAGGGUCAAGAAAAGGGUGAAUGGGAAACGCUCUGUGUUGCCGUAUGAGGCACAGGGGUUGAAGGAUGUGGUGUGGCUGGGGCCGGGCGAGACAGUCACGGUGGAAGCGCACUAUGCCCCUUGGGAUGGGGUGUACAUGUUCCACUGCCAUAAUCUGAUUCAUGAGGAUCAUGAGAUGAUGGCUGCUUUUAAUGUGUCUGUCCUCCAGGAUUUGGGGUAUGACGAGACGCAUUAUAUCGAUCCGAUGGAGGAGCGGUGGCGGGCGAGGCAGCAGAGUGUCGAGGCAUUUGAUGACAGCGCCGUGGAAGCGAGGCUGAAGGAGAUGGCAGGGUUCAGGCCGUAUGAUAAGGUUGAGGAGGUGGAGAGUGUGUUGGAGCAGUAUUGGGAGACAAAGACGAAGACGGCGGCGACGAUCCCGACGACAACGUUUGCUACUGUGGUCCCUACCAGUGCUGGGGUCUUCACUACUUCGUUCAAGACUACGACGACCAGUAGCAGUUCCUCGGCCAGGACUUCAUCGACGAGUACGAAGAAGAAGGAUUAG